AUGGCUGCACCCGCGCUGGCCAAGCGCCCCUGCAGCAGCCCCUCCGCCUCCGCUUCUUGUCGCGAGGCCAAGCGGCUCCGCCCGGCGCCGGCGCCGGCGCCCAUGGAGAGGCACGACGCCGCUGCUGCCGCUGCUGAGGUGUCGACGACGACGUCGCAGCAGCAGUCGCAGCCGCUGCUCCCGGGCCUGCCGGACCACCUCGCGCAGCUCUGCCUCUCGACGCUGCCGCCGCGCCUCAUGCACGCCGUCUGCCGCCCGUGGCGCCGGCUGCUGUACGCGCCGUCGUUCCCGCCGUUCUUGUCCCUCUACGCGCUUCUUGAGGACGCCGGCGACGGCGGGGCCUCCUUCGCGGCCUACGACCCGAUCGCCGCGCGCUGGGACGGGCUGCCGGCGCCGCCGAUGCCAUCGCCGCCCCCGACGCUCUGCCACCCGUCGUUCCUCUCCCGCCGGCUGCCGCUCCAGUCGGUGGCCGCCGCGGGGAAGCUCGUCCUCGUCGCGGGGUCCACGCAGUCGCUCCACCCGGCGCUGUGCCGGCCGCUGGUGUUCGACCCGGCCGCCGCGCUGGCCCCGCGGUGGCAGGUCGGCCCGAAAGUCCCGCUCGCCCCGCGCAGGUGGUGCGCGGCGGGCGCGGCGCGGGGGCGCGUGUUCGUCGCGGGCGGCGUGGGCGCCGGCUACGACCUCGCCGUCGCGCGCUCCGGGGCGACGUGGGACCCCGCCACGCCGUCCGCGCCGUGGGAGCCGCUGCCGCCGCUGCGGGACGGGCGGUUCAGCCGUGACGCGGCGGAGGCCGUGUGCUCGGGCGGGAAGGUCUGCAUGGUCAAUCUCCGCGGCAGCGGCGCCAAGGAGGGGGCCGUGUUCGACCUGGUGGCCGGGCGGUGGGAGGACAUGCCGCCCGGCAUGCUGGCCGGGUGGAAGGGCCCCGCCGCGGCGUCCCCGGACAGCGGCGACAUGAUCUUCGUCGUGGACGAGGAGCGCGGCGCGCUCAACGCCUACGACUGGGGGUCCGACCGGUGGGCGACGGUCGCGGAGGCGGGGCGGCUCAAGGGCGCGGCCGAGAUGGCCGCGGGCGGCGGCAGGGUGUGCGUCGUGUCCCACGGCGGCGCGAAGGUGGUGGUCGUGGACGUGACGCCCAAGGCGGGGAGGAGCAGGGGCUCCACGACGCCGGCGCCGCCGCGCAUGUGGGAGGUGGAGGCGCCGGCCGGGCGGCGGGUGGUGUCGCUGCACGUGCUGCCCAGGAUGACGCGCCCCGAGUAG